AUGGCUGCCAAAACCGCAACGAAGAAGGCUGCGCCCAAGCCGAGCACGAAAGCGCCCCCACCAAAGAAAACCAGCGUCCAGACCACUUUGACGCCAGCCGACUUUGCUAAGAAGUCGCCUGCUGGCAAUGGCAAGAAGCAGAAGCCGACCGGUACUCCGAACGGCAACAUCAUGGCAUUCUUCAAGAAAGCCGAGGAGAUCAAUAGCCGUAUAUUCCUACAAGAACGAGGGUCAAAUCCAACCAUAGUGCUUGACGGCGACGAGGACGACGUGGGCUGGAGCGACGAGAAGAGCAAUGGCGUCAUGACUACAGACAACAGUGAUGAGCGGUACAACGAGAAUGGGGGGAGCAACAAGAGGCGCAAAGUCAGCGAAGAGGCGGUAGCGCCUGUGCCGGCCUGUUCACCACCCCCGCCGGCUGAUGUUGAGAGCAAUGCUCUGGAUGCAUUGGCUGCCGACGUUUCUAAGCAAGCGCCCAAACUGCGGAAGAAGUCUGGACCCUUCGUGGACGACUCAGACUCCGAAGACGACGAAGUGGAAAUGCCUGCUACAACUCCAGGUAUGACCAUACGAAGCCAUAAUGAGGAAUCGCCAAUGACUAAACCAACGGAGGACCUGUUACCCCCGGAUAGUGCCGAACUCUCCAAAUACCACGAUACCACACCCAUAAAGUCCGAGUCGACAUCGCAACACGGGGGCGAAGAGUUGGAGGAAUACGAGGAUCUGGAAGACGACGAUCUGCUCGAAGGCGAAGAAUACGAUGAAAGGCGAUGGAUGAAGGAACAACAGAAGCUCGAGAUGGAAGAGGCAGGCUUUGAGGGCGACCCGGACGAUUUCGACGCGCCACCUCUAUUCCCUGAAGGCGAUGAUAUCGAAGUCAAACACGAAGAGCCACGUACCAAUGAUAUACCUUCCUGUCCGAUAUGCGGCAACAAUCUUCCAGGCCUGUCAGAACAAGACGUAUCCGUACACGUCAAUGCUUGCCUAGACGGCAAUCCACUCCCUUUACCUGUAGUGAAGUCUGAGGAGAGCAAGCCGACCAUGACGAGUAAGGCGAAAGUUUUCAAAAAGCCGGACAGGCCAGCUAAACCCGGUCAAGCCAACCCGUUUCAGCUCGCGAAGCCCAGCGCUCAGCCAAGUUCAGCCUUUUCAAAGCUUAUGGCCGGCCAUGCUGAGGAUGCUGCUUGGGCAUCAGCUGCAGCCGAGAACAACAAGUCUCGCGGCAAGCCUGCAUAUCAACGCACCUGCCCGUUCUACAAGAUUAUGCCUGGCUUGUUCAUCGCUGUUGACGCAUUCCGCUAUGGGGCCGUCAAAGGCCAAAACGCCUACUUCCUGAGUCAUUUCCACAGCGAUCACUAUAUCGGACUUACUUCCUCGUGGAAGCAUGGACCGAUAUACUGUAGCAAAGUCACUGGCAACUUGGUACGACAACAGCUUCGUGUGGACCCCAAGUGGGUGGUCGAUCUGGAUUUUGAGAAAAAGACAGAAGUACCCGGAACGGAAGGCGUCCACGUCACAAUGAUCUCUGCGAAUCAUUGCCCUGGCAGCUCUCUGUUCUUGUUCGAAAAGGAACUCAGCAAGGGCAAGAACCCGAAGCUACAACGAGUGCUACACUGCGGAGACUUCCGUGCAUGUCAAGCGCACAUCGAACACCCGCUAUUGCGCCCAGACGUCCUCGAUGCUGUGAGUGGAAAGAAUCGGCAGCAAAAGCUAGACGCUUGCUACCUUGACACCACCUACCUGAACCCCAAAUACGCUUUUCCGCCUCAGAAGCAGGUCAUCCAAGCUUGCGCGGACAUGUGCGUAAGUCUCAGCAAAGUUCGCGCGGACGACUCCGAUGGAUGGGAGCAGAUGAAGCGAGACCGCGCAGGCCAAGGCAUGGUCAAGUUCGUUCAGAAAGACUCCAAUACUGACGUUACCGGCGAGCCCAAAAGCCCUGCACGAGGCCGACUUCUGGUUGUGGUAGGCACAUACAGCAUCGGUAAGGAGCGCAUUUGCACUGGGAUUGCGAAGGCCCUGGGAAGCAAGAUCUUCGCGCCUGCCAACAAACAGCGCAUUUGCAAAGCGCUUGAGGACCCUGAACUGGAUGCACUACUUACGACAGAUCCUCGGGCAGCUCAAGUACACAUGACGCCGUUGUUUGAGAUCCGCGCGGAGACAUUGGACGACUACCUGCGCGAUUAUGCCGACACUUUUACGCGCGUUGUCGGCUUUAGACCCUCGGGCUGGAACUAUCGUCCACCAAAGGGUCGCUUUACCGAGUCACCCCAAGUACAGACCGUCUUGCAUUCCGACAAUUGGAGAAGUACCUUCUCUAUGAAAGAACUGACGCCGCAAGCUGGGAGUGGAAGUCGGGCAAGCUGCUUCGGUGUGCCGUACAGUGAGCAUAGCAGCUUCAGAGAGCUGACUAUGUUUUGCUGCGCUUUGCGCAUCGACAAGAUCAUCCCGACAGUCAACGUGGGCAGCGCAAAGAGCAGAGAGAAGAUGAAGGCCUGGUGUGACAGAUGGGCGGCGGACAAGAAAAAGAACGGGCUGUUUAAACUGGGUGAGGACGGGGAGGGUUGGUCAUAG